UAAUUUCAGAAACAUGAAAUUGGAUUUCUUGUAGGCGCAGUGUACAUGCAGCUCUUGUUCCCUGACUUGUGGGGGUCCUCAAGGUUGGAGGUUUUUUUUUUAAUACAAAUGGCAUUAUUGCUAUGAAUAAGUUAUCAUCUCGACUCUCCCUCUCUUUUUCUCUAUCAACAAACUCUGCUCUCUCUCUCUCUCUCUCUCUCUCUCUCUCUCUCUAUGUAUACACACACACUAAUUAAGGAAAAGAAGAAUGACAGGCGGAAAGCAACAAAAACAUUUUGUUCUGGUGCAUGGUGCAUGCCAUGGAGCUUGGUGCUGGUACAGGCUACAAUCGCUGCUAGAGGCGGAGGGCCACUGUGUCACGGCGAUUGAUCUUGCAGCCUCCGGCAUCAACCCGAUAAAGCUAGACGAGCUGCGCACAUUUUCCGAAUAUACAAUGCCAUUGUUCGAGGUAAUGGAGUCGAUUCCGCCAGACGAAAAGGUGGUUCUAGUUGGACAUAGUCUUGGCGGCAUGAACAUGGCUUUCGCAAUGGAGAAAUACCCUCAAAAGAUUUCUGUUGCUAUUUUUAUUGCAGCUAUUAUGCCUGAUACUGUACAUACGCCAAUCUAUUUUUUUGAACAGGUGAUAGAAGGAACUACGAAAGAAGAAAGUAUGGACAAUCAAUUCAUACCAAUUGGAAGACCCGGCGAUCAUGUCAUGUCAAUGCUCUUUGGCCCGCAGUACACAUCAUCCAAACUAUACCAACUCUGCCCUUCUGAGGAUGUGGCGUUAGCAAAAGCGUUGAUGAGGCCAAUCUCUAAUUUUUGGGAUGAUUUGUCAAAGAAGAGUGCAUUUUCCAAUGAAACGUAUGGAUCUGUAAAGCGUGCUUACAUCAUGCCCAAUGAAGAUAAAGCCUUAAAAGUAGAGUACCAACGCUGGCAAAUUAAAAACUCUGGAGCAGCAAUAGUGAAAGAAAUAAAAGAUGCUGACCACAUGGCAAUGAUUUCCAAGCCCCACGAACUUUGCCAACUUUUAUUGGAUAUAGCUUGGGAAGGCAAAGGCCCUCGUCCCUUGCUUAAGGAAGGGUCGAGCGAGGCAGGACGAAAUGAGGCAAUCUUCCGUCCUAUUUACUAUCUCAAUUUUAUACUAUUUUUAUUUUUACUUUUACUUUUAUUUAAAUUUUAGGGUGAUUUGAGAAUUGGGAUUGAGUAAUCGGUUAUGUUGUGCUAAAGGUUAUUCUAAACUAACGUGAAUCAGUCCCAUUUCCAUUUUUGCUCUCAAAUUGGCAUUCCUUAGAUACAAGAAGCAAUUUAAGUUUUGAGUUGUAAUAAGUGUUUAGGCCUGGAAAGCCUCCAAUUGUAAGUUUGUUUGUCGUGGGCUACUACAGUCCAAUUGUAACUUGUCCAUUUUAUGUUAUUUUGCUUUGGGGGAAAUGUUCUAUUAUGAAUAACACUUUUGGAAA